ACCUUAAUAUACUUAAUGGCAGGCUCAGGCCCAUAGAUUUCAGUGGGUCUGCUCUGAGUAGACGUUAGUUGGAUACAGGGUCAAGAUAAGCUGUUUCAUCCAAGAAUACUUGCAAUGGUUUGCAUCACGACCCCCUCGACCGCCUUCUCUUAAAAGGCUGUAUAGACACCUCUAUUCACCAGCAGAUUCUUCCUUCUAAUGGCUGUCUCACCUUCCUUUUUGCAUUCCGAGGUGCCAGAAAGAUCUGCCAAACUAGUGAACAUCACAGUGCUGGAUGGACACGACUUGAAAGGUGUCAAAGGAGAUGGGCCAGUUACCUUUGUGCGUACCGAAUACAAUGGCAUCGUCCUUGGUGACUCUGCAAAAGUGGAAAGUUCAGCAGAAGGAAGUGCAAAAUAUAAUUUCACUACCACCUUUGACUGCCAGCCUGAAGGGCCACACAGCCUGGAUGACAUUGCACACAAACCUUUGCUAUUCACUGUGACAGAAGUCUUACCAAAGGAGAAGAAGCAGAAGGAAGAGAAGACCGUGACGCUUGGUCAAGCUGUGAUGGACCUUCUACCUUUACUGGAAGGACUCUGUGAAUUUAGUGCAACACUUCCACUAUACCCUGUACUAGGCUCUCCCCUGGAGACCCUCCGGCCAGAUGCCAAGUGUGUCAUCAACGUAACAGUAUCUGUGCAGGAGAGUCUGCUGUCCCCAUGGCAGCUGUCCGAGGGCAAUCUCCUUAGAGUGACCGUGGAAGGUGUUUAUUCAGUCCCUGAAACGUUCCUGCCCACUGGGCCCCCACAGAACUAUAUGAUUGGCUUGCAAGUGCCUGCUGUUGGCGAGAAAGAAUGCCCCUUCCUGUUCAAGAAUGGAGUACUGAAGUUUGGUGGUGAGAAAGAACCACUACCCCGGCCCAAAAAGUGGCCGGUCACCAACAUCUUAGCACCAGGGGGGCAGAAUAUCCCAGACUCCUUUAUCGUUGGUGGUGCUUAUGAGGAGGAGGAUGGAGAGCUGAACACACUGGAGGAUAGAGAUCUCAGGAUCCAGGCAGAAACUAUUAAAAAACGAAUUAUGUGGGACUUGGAAAGGCGCUGCUACUUAGAUCCUCUUGCUGUGAUCUGUUUUCGAAAGCGGAUUGCAGAUUGUCGGUACUGGCCCGUGGAGAUGACCAGAGUGCCUGUGGUCACUUCCACCAAAACAAAAGGUGGAAAAGGAGACAAGGGAGGAGGAGGUGGCGGAGAAGAAGAGCAGAUUUCCUUUCAUGGUGUGGCUUACAUCAACGCAGUGCCUUUGCUCUAUCCUGGGGUGAAGCGGAUCCGGGGGGCAUUCCGGGUCUACCCUUAUCUUGACAAUGAGGUGCUUGAAAAGACGAAGUGUCUCUUCAGUCUUUUCCGUGACAUCGGCCACCAGACAGCCCUGAAUAAAUUAGGGCUGCUCACCCCACAUACCAAAGGUAUCCUUGGGAAGACCACAAAGGAAGACAGGCCCGCUAAAGAGGUCGUAAUGAGAAAGGCAUCUAAUAUUGUGAGAAGGGACACAUCUGAUACCACAAUUGAAGCGGCAAUAUCUAUAUGCCAGAACAUUGAAGGACAGCAAUAUAUAGAAAGCGGGACGUAUAUUGUGAUAGAGUUUGCGUUGGACAAACCUUUGGUGCCCAAGCGUUUGCCAGAGGAGCUCGCCAACCGGGUAAAGGAGAUGAUUCCUCCACGCCCUCAACUCCCUCGAAGGACUGCAGGAGCUAAGAAGGCAGUAGAAGAUUACCACACUCAGGUCACCAGCAUUGCUGAGGCCAUUCUGGAUGAGUAUCACGAGCUGUUUGGCAGGCAGUUGGUUGAAGGGUAUGCCAUUGACAGCCACACCCUGGAGAACCAGAAAUGCCAGCUCAACUAUGAGCUCAACAGCUCUGGGAAAUACUUUGCAUUUAAGGAGCAAAUCAAGCAUGCUGUGGUGAAAAUUGUGCGAGAAAAGUACUUGAAAACAACUGCAUUCGACAACUUGGACCAGCUCCAAGCUUUUCUGAGUGAGCUGUACGUGUACCUGGUGGAUCAGAUGCAUGUUGCUCUGAAUCAGGUGCUGUCCCAGCAGACCCCCAGCCCUCCUCCUCCCAGCUUUACCACCUCCGAGCAGCUCCGUCUUUUUGCCCGCGAAGCCCAGAACAACGGAGACUAUAACUUGGCAGCGACCUACUACCAGGAGAGAUUGUCUCGUGACCGCCAGGAUAUCCAGAGUUGGUUGGAUUAUGGCACUUUCUGUCUGCUGACUGAAAACAAUCUCAAAGCCCAGGAGUGCUUCCGCGAGGCUGUUAGCCUGGACCCCAAUCACCUACCCAGCAUACUGCUCUGUGGCAUCAUGGCUGUGAUGCUGGAGAACUACGAAGAUGCUGAGGUCUUCUUUGAGGACGCCACCUGCUUGGAACCCUCCAGCAUUCUGGCCUGGACCAUCUUAGGGCUAUUCUAUGAUAUCCAGGAGAACGACAUUAGGGUGGAGAUGGCGUUUCAGAAGGCUUUCAAACUCCAGAAGGCUUCUCUCCAGAAGGAGCGACCUCCACCUGAGGUUGGAGAUGCAGCAGUACGAAAGGUCUCCAUGUCUCCUUCAGCGGUGGAAGUUCUUUCUGUUUCAGCGGAGGAGGAACUGCCACCUGUUGAAGUUUCAGACAUCCCAGAGCCGCCCACAACCAUCCAUCGGGCAGAAGAGGAGAAACCUAAGAUUGCCAGAAAGAUGUCCCUGGCUCCCAGUAGAUUGAGGCUGGCGCCUCCGAAAGCAUCUGAUGAAGAAUCCUUUCACCGCCUGCAAGAAGAGGAAGGAGUGCCUAAGAUGUCCAGGAAGAUGUCGAUGGCUCCCAGUAGAAUGAAGCUUCCUUCUCUGAAAGAACCCAAGGUUGUCUUUGAAACAGAGCCUCCCCCACCCCCACCCCCACAGCCCACCACCACCAUCUUCAUGGAGACGAUUAACUUUUUGAUGGACGUCAAUGCCUUCCAGUUUGUUCACAGGGCAUUGGCACAUGAGCUGCUCUGCCCUCAAGGAGGCCCCAGCUGUGACUACUACCUGGUGCUGGCCCAGACAUACAUGCUCAAGAAGGAAUACAGCAAGACAGAAGAAUGCCUGGAAAUGGCCGUCCAGAUUGAUUACCUGAAUCCAGAGGUUUGGGCUCAGAAAGGGCAUCUCUGCUACCUGACUGGGGACUUCAGCGAGGCAAAGGCCUGCUAUGAGCGUACCAUCAGUUUUGUGACUGAUGCAAAGGAUAUGCACUUUGUCUACCUGCGGUUAGGAUCCAUCUACUUAGAGAGGAAGGAGUAUGACAAGGCAAAGGACAUCUACCUGCUGGCCAGUAAGAAAUCACCUUCCUGUCUCACAUGGCUGGGAGUAGGAAUUGCUUGCUAUAGGCUCAAAGAGAUGGUGGAGGCAGAAGAUGCCCUCUCCGAGGCCAAUGCCCUCAACAACAACAAUGCUGAAGUGUGGGCGUAUCUGGCUCUCGUCUGCAUGCAGGGUGGAAGACAGCUGGAGGCAGAACAAUCCUACAAAUAUGCUGUCAAGCUGGAGCUGGCCAACGAGGAACUGCUCCAGGAGAUCCAUGAGGUGCAGUUAGACGUUGGCUUUGGCGAUCCGUCUUUCUGAACUCUUCCAAUUUAUGGACACUUCGACUGUAUUGAGCAGGGGGUGAACAAAGAGUUGGGUGUUAUGCAGUAGGAAGAUAUGCCAGAUUUCUACCACUGGGCAGACCAAUCCACAAUGCCCUGACAUUUUUUGCUGAUGUUUUUUUGUAUAAAGCAGAGGUGGAGAACUCUGUGGUCCUCUCCCUUGAUGUUGCUGGGAUUCCAACUCCCAUCAACCCCAUCUAUAAUAACCAACAGUUAGGGAUUGAUGGGAACUGGAGUCCAGCAAAAUCUGGAGGUUCACACUUGGUAUAAGGAACCUGGAAUUUUCAGGUGGCAGCUUUCUAAGCAUCUGGGAGUAAAGUGGGAUGUCUUAAGAAAUGCAGAUAACUUCUUCUUUGGGACAACCCCAUGCACAUGACAAGGAUUUUACUGCACAGAGUGCGGAAUUCAUGCCAUCGUUGUCACCUACAUUGUUACAACUGCACAUUCUGUUUAGGAGAUGCUACAUCUCACAGCUGAAGCAAAAGAACACAGAGGAGAUUGGGUGUGAUGCAGUAUUUUGUACCCGUGGCUUCUGAAACAAUGUCCAUGGGUGCAAGCACACAUACAGAUUUGGAUUGGACUGGUUUGGCUCAGCCACACAAAUUGGUCAUAGAAGGAUCCUGCGAGUGGAGGCUAAAUCCUUGGAGACUUGCAGUUCACAAGAUUGUCUAGGGAUAAGUGGUGCAAAUGAUCCAUUUUUUCUUUUUCUUUUACAAUAGCGUCAUUGUAUUUUACGCUUUGUUUUUGUAUUUUUACUUUUUGUUGACAUGUUGAUGGGCUGCGUUUGUUUUGUGAAUUGCAUUGGGUGCUAAGUAAGAAGGUCAAAAGCUGCAGAGAGAAAUUAUUUUACACACACAGAGAGAGACACCAAAAGCAACCGCAUGGCUUUAGGCAACAAAAAUGUCAUUUUGAUUACAUUCCCAGGCUGUAAUCCUUUGCAUGCUUUCCUGUAUGCCCCAUUGAAUCCCAUGGGACUUACUUCCAAGGAAGCACACACAGGAUUGGCUUGCUCGUGCUACUGUUAAUGUGACGUGCAUUUUAUUAUUAAUGCCUAUGACACUCUAAUUGUUUCACUUUUAUUUUGUAAAUUGCCUUAAAUGCAAAGUUAGAAGGGUAUACACUAUAUAGAUAUAAAUAUUUUUCUGUGUGUGUUGUUUUUUUUAAAUGCAUAUCUUGUUCUCAUACCUGCAUCUUUGUCAGGAAAAGCAACUGAAACAGAAUUCAACAAUGGUCACACAGAUACUCACGCAUCUGCUUCGCUUCUAGGCAUGCUUUUAUCAGAAAAGACACUUGUGUGGCAGUUGGGUUUUUUUGUGACCUAAGUUGUUAGGUUUGGAUCCCCAAAAGUCAUAUGCAGCAAUCCUGAGUUUCUCUAUAUGAUUUAUUUUGAUGCUUUGUUUGUUAAGACUCUUCAGGUGACAUGUGGUUAGUUCGGGAAGGGCACAGUUGCAGAAAAAUGCUCUCUUACAUCAGUUCUUUAAGCUCUUGUGUAAUUUCUUUUCUGAGGCUUUUGGACUCCUUCCCAACAGAUUGUGCCCUUUUCAUUUUCUCUGUAACUAUCAGCCCUAUCAGUCUGUGUGUGAGUUCUGAAGUUUAAGCUGGGUUCUUUCUGGGUCCUUGUCCUUCCUAGGAAAUAGUGUACAAAUAGAAUGGGAUUGCAAUUGUGUUGCAGAUGUAUCAGCCAGAAGAAUUGGACAUUUUUUCAUCUGACUUUGGAAAUUUCCCAAGGAAAGGCAAGAGGAGUGUACAGUUUGAAAAUAGCUACUGAAGCUAGCUCAUUUCUGUUUUUAAAAUAAAUAUAUAUAUUUAUAUUUA